AUGAGUUAGCUGCUGGAAUGUAAGUUGUUCAUGCUAGACUAGGUUUGAUUUAACAGUUCAUACGGGAUGGAGACGAGAAGCAGAGUGAACAAAUAAGUCGUUAAGUGAUGUAGAAGCAUCCAGUGAUCUACUUGUGUAAGUGUUCUGAGAUUUUGGAUGAAGUAUGUAUUGAAUGUAUGUUUAGAUGGCUGAAAUUAAUGGUGAAUACAUCAGAGUGCUUAAGUUGACUCUUCAAGUUGCUGGAUUGUUAACCAAAACGGAGGAUGCCAAAUUAGCAGUCAUACAAUACACUCAAGUGUUAAAACGAAUAAUAAAUCGAAUACUAAGUCAGACUCAAAUUUCAGAGGAGUUGAACUAGUUGCUGAGUGAUAUCCACAUUAAAUUAAUGGAUGUUUUCGAUGAGUUGAUAAUCAAUCACAUCUCUGACUUUUUUGAAUCAGGACGUGUUCCUGAAUUAGUUAUUUUGAAGAUCAUUCAGCAGAUUUUUGAAUCUCAAAGUACAGUAUUAGCUAAAUUUGUUUAGGCAAAGAAUACUUCCGACAAUUUUCGUAUGAAAUCUUAUAGAAGAUUCUGUCAUCUCUCUCUCUUGUGAAGACUGAUCAAUGUAGAUUAGACUACUGUUCAUUGUUGCAAUCUAUUUAUAAGACCCUCAAUCAUUUCGAGGAGAAUUAGGUGUAGAUUAAUCAGGAGCAGGUGUAAAAUGUGAGUUGGCUUAUCUUCGACUAAAUCAUUAAGGAUUGGAUGCAGACCACAAUCCAAUUGCAAGUGUUGUCAUUGGUGGGAUUCAUGAGUCAAUUCAUCUCUAGAGAGAGAUUGGAACGCAGUCUUGAAAGAUUGACCUCCAUCUACUUGAGUGUGUUGAAACAGAAGAAUAAUCAAUUAAGGCCAUUGUUCGAAGGGUUCAAUAAAUUCUUGGAGAGACUCUACCAAUUGGAUAGAAUCGGGUAUGAGGGAAUCAUAAAAUCUAUCAUGGUGUCUCUCUAUGAGUUUUACAAAAACCCCAUCUUCUCUCCGAAUUAUCCAUUUGAUCCAAAUGCCUUAAAGUACAAGAAUGAUUUAUUGACUCUUCUGCAGACAGUAUCAAAGUUCAACAUUGAUAAUUGUUUGGACUUGUUCAUAGGAAGAAUCAAUGUAAAUACACAUACAUUAUUGUUUAGAGUAAGGAUUCAAUCGAGAGAGUCUCUUGUCUCUGGAUUUGCAAUUUCAUUCUGUCCAGGAAUUUCAAACAGAUCUCUGAACCAUUCAAAAGACAAUUGGUGUUACAAUUAUUGAAUUUGUAAUUCGAACAGGAUUGCGAAGUGAGAUAUGCCAUUUGUGAAAUCAUUCUCCAAAUACAAUACAAACUCAAGGACGAAGAACAACCAAUCAAUCAAACCAACUUGGAUGUGAAGGCUUUGCUCUUUUAUCUCUUCAAUUAAGUUUCAAUACACGACAAGGAAUUGGAAGAAUAUGGCAAGCAAAGGGCUGCUCCAUUUGAAACCACACUAGAAGUAAGUUUUAAAUUUAAAUUUUGAAAGCUAUUGAAGAGUAGAGCUUAAAAAAUAUUGACAACCCUUUCGCAAGAUCAAUACUUUUAUGAUCUAUUAUGGCCUAUGGGAUUGGAAAUCAUCAACAACCAAAAGUUUUCCCCUGGAUUGUCUCAUAUCUUCAAAUGUUACACUUCGAUCUUACAAAAAUUAAAUACCAUUACACAUAACUCCCCGGUUGCUUAACAUGUCAUCGUUGUCAGGAUGUUGCUCCUCAUACAGAUUCCUUACUUCUUUCCGAAUUUAGGUUUUGAGGCAGUGAACUUCUUGCCACAUUUAAUAAAGACUUUCGAUUUGAAGGUGCCAAGUAGUUUUCAUUAAAAUGUUGAGGCUUUGAAACAAUACCUGAUAAACAAGAGACCUUUGGAUGAAUUCUACGAAGAGAAGGUGUAAUAGAUUUGGAAGGUUUGUCUGUCAUUGUUCAUAUAAAACAAAGAACUCUCUUAAAUAGAGGAGGAUUUCUAAGUGUAACUUAGCAUGUAUUUAAACUCACAAGCUUUGAAGUUGCCAAUUAUGAAAAUGCAAGCCACCUUGAUGAGUUUCCUCACCAACUAGGAAACAAUCAAAUACAAUCUAGAUAAGUUGUUUAGUUUUUGUCAUCAGGAAUACACAAAUCAAGCACUGAAUCUAAAUGUUCCCAUCUUAGAACCAGACUUUAAUCUUAGAUUGUGUGUAGCUGAAUGCUUUGGCUACAUAGGAGAAAGACACACCCAAUUAGUUUUAGACAAAGUCAAGUCGAUUUUGAAUUGCGAAGUCAUUCAGAAGAAAAAUACAGGUUCCUUUAAGGAGAGUGUUUUGUCUAUCUUUUAAAAAAGUGGAAGUGAUGAAUACUUGGCUUCUUUUAGAGCCACACUGCUAAUUGCCUAUGGAUGUUUAGCCAAAUAAGUCUCGUUAGAAAUAUUGGAGAAAAACAUCUUACCUAAUGUGAUGCCGUUCAUUGGACAUGAGCAAUUGUUCAACUCACUCCAAAUAUCUUUGGAAUCCAUUAGCAAAGCCAUAGAGAGGUCAGUUGAGAACACUGAUGAGGCAGCAGCAUCCUCAUUUUUGUUGAGUUACCAAAAAUAUAGGGAUCAAGUGUUGACUCACUGUUAGAAGAAUAUUGCAAGGGGGAAUGUAUUCAGAAAUCUCAAUACUAUUAAUUUAUAAUUUAGAUUGGCACCAAUUGAGUACAACAAAGUUAAACAAUUAUUGAGUUAACACUUAGAAUAGAAGUAUGAUCUAUCAAUUGAGUAGGUCAAUAUCACAUUUUAGAAUUGUUUCUUGUUGUUUUUGGGAACAAUCAAAUUGGAUGAAGACUCUUAAACUAUUUCGGUUUGGCAAUCUCUAUUGUAUUUGAUCAAAUCAAUCAAGGACAAUGAUUAACUCAUUGAGAUUUUGCAGAAGAGCAUUUAGAGAGUAAAGUUGAAGAUGGAAUAAAACCAUAAGAACUACUUUAAGGUGAUUCUGACCUUGCUUUCAAUCUUAUACCGUAAUACUAAUGCCAAAAGAUCAGUGGUUUUGAUCUUAGAGAAAGUCAUGUUGAGUUUGGGAGUGUACUUGGAUAUUUAUCAAAAAACUGAUGAAGAAUUCAACUCUUAAUUAAUUUAAUCAUUGAGAGAGAAAUUGCACCACAAUGAACUGACUACAUUGCUUUAAGAAUUGCAGAAUUUGAUCAACGAGCCAAUCGUUGAAUCACUCCAUGGAUUUGUUUCGCUUAUUCAAUGUGUUUAUCAAAGUGAAUAUGCUGAUUUAAACAGGGUGCUAACUCUGUUCUAAUUAAUUUGUCAAUAAGGAGCAGGAUCGUCAUCUGAAGAAUUGAUGUAAUUUUGUUAUUAUACUAAUUAUUAUAGUAAUUCUAAUUUAAGCAAAGCUAUGGAUUUAUUGGCUCAAAAUAAUUUGAGCGAUUCUUUGGAAAUCCUUCUGGAAAACCAUUCAGAAUUUCCAGUGGGUAUGUUCCCUAAACUGUUCCUUAAUUGCAUAAGCUAGAAGAAGACCUACAUGGUGUAGAGCUUUAAGUUUUUAACUGAUGUCUUAAACAAUCCAGAAGGAAGUAAGUUAUCAUCGUAAUUUGUAGUUAUUGCUGGGGAUAUUGGAAACUAUUUAGUUAAUGCCUCCUUAUUUAUUGGAUAAUUGUUGAUUGACGAAAAUAAAAUUCUAGCUGAAAUGCUGCCAAAAUCAAUGGCCAGUAUUUUGGGAACUUUCCUAUUGAGAUUCAUGACAUGUCAUGAUCCUAAGUUAUCUGGAUCCUCUUAAUCGGUUUAGACUGCUAUUUGGGCAUUCCAAAAUUUGUUGACCAUAUGCAAUAUUGAAGGAAUAUCCUAACACGUUUUUAAGAAGUUGUUGAUCGAAGAGGAAGUGGAGGAUGGAGUCUAGGAGAUCGUUAUGAUAUAUUGCAAAGGGGCAUCUUUUCAAGAUUAACAGAAACUCUUUAAUUUCAUAGAAGGAUUUGCCAAAAAAGAACAAGCCUCAUAUAGAUUGGGUGCGAUUGUUGUCAUUAGUUAAUUCAUCAGAAGUUAUAAGAAAGAAUAUGAAUAACAGAGCGUUUAUGAGAAUCUCUUGAGAACCCUAUUGGAAUCAGCUGAGGAUGACAGUGAUAACGUUAGAGCCUAAGUGGCAUUUGGAUUGGGAGGACUAUCAUAUUAUCUAAAGGCUGAAGAGACCAUUGAAAAAGACCUAUUACAAGAGAUCAUCGAAUGUCUUAUAAGUUUGCUGGAUGAUUAAUAGGAGAUUUGCGUGAGGAGUGCCAUGAUUAGUUUGUAAAAUCUAGUCGAUUCAAAAACUGAUUUUGUGGCAUACAUUCCAUAGUUAAUUUUGACAACAACUUCUAAUUUUGAGAAAACUAUGACCAAGAUUAGAAUUUCAGCAUUUUCUCUAUUCUCAAAAUUAUGCAAUACUUGUUUUGUAGAGAAAAUAAUGAACGAACAAAUUAUGUCCUAUUUGAGAUAGGCAUUAGUGUCUUUGAUGCUUCAUUUGUUAGAUGAUAGUGUUUAGGUUAGACAAGUGUGCAAGUUAGCUUUGGAACCAAUAGGAAAUCUACUUCAAAUACCAUUGCUUUAGUAUAUCAAUUUGUUUACAUAUUAUAGACAAUUAUCGAACAACGAAAUCUAGAGUGAACUUGAGAUGAGUCAUUUGGAAGAAAAUGAAAAGAUCAUCAUGAUAAUGAGUAUAAACUUAGAGCAAGAACACUUAAAUGUAUUAAUUACAAUGAUGUUAAUUAGACAUAUAUCAAAGCAUUGAUUGAGUUUUGUAAGAGUCCAGAACACAACAUCAAGGGAGCUGCCUUAUUUAGUUUGAUUAUUCUAUUGUCCUUCAGAGAAGUUGGAGAUUACAGAGCACAGAUUGAGUAAUUAUGCAAGGAGAACAGCAAGGCGAAGUUGGUCACCAAAUAAUUGGUGAUGAAGGCAGCGUACUAUUUAUGA